GAAUUCCAUUGAACGGAGAUCGAUUUAGUAAUGGAUCAGAUGUCAUCAACUCAUCAUGGUUUCUUCUCUGCAACAAAAAUAUUAUCAUGGCUUUGUAUUCUAAGCAGUACUCUUGCGCUUCUUUCUCAUGCGCAGGAUCAAUCAGGUUUCCUAAGCAUAGACUGUGGUUUGUCAGAAACUCCGAGCUACUUCGACAACCAAACAGGUUUAUACUACACCUGGGACUCACCCCACAUCGACGCCGGCGUCAGCUCCACCAUCUCCCCGGACCUCAUCUCCGACGAAGUAGCCCGGCAGUUCUGGACCCUCCGAAGCUUCCCUCAGGGCACCAGAAACUGUUACACUCUGAGGCCCGCCGGCGGCAAAGGCUACAAGUACCUCAUCAGAGCGUCCUUCAUGUACGGAAACUACGACGGCCGGAACCAACCGCCUGCAUUCGACCUCCACCUCGGACCCAACAAGUGGGACUCUGUGACGUUCAACAAUUCCUCCUCUUCGGAUAAGAGGUACUGGGAAAUGGUGCACGUGAUGCCGGAAGACUAUGUGCAGGUGUGUGUUGUGAACACCGGAGGGGGAACGCCGUUCGUGUCGGCGCUGGAGAUGAGGCUCCUGAACAGUUCCAUGUACACUACUCAGGAACCCGGCCGGUCGCUCCUGAGACUUCACCGGCUGGAUUGUGGGUCAACGACUGAUGAUUUAGUCAGGUACAACGACGAUCUCUACGAUCGCAUAUGGUUCCCCUACCCUGCUUCACAAUCGCCCAAAUGGAAGACCCUAGAAACCAAUCUUCCCUUCAACUCCAUUCAUUACGGCCGGUACCAUCCGCCGUCCACCGUCAUGACGACGGCCCUCACGCCGGCGGCAGCUAACGACUCCUUAAUUUUUGAGUGGACUCCGCCGGAUCCUUCUUCCAAAAUUUUCUUCUACAUGUACUUCGCGGAGCUUCAACAGCUCCAGAAAGGCCAACACAGAGAAUUCGACAUCAAAAUCAACGGGGAAAUGUGGUUUGAGUCUUUGGUUCCUAAAUACUUACGUGGGAUUACCAUAUUCAGCAGAGCACCCGAAACCGCAGCACAGUUCAACUUUUCAAUCACCAAAACCACGAACUCAACCCUUCCACCCAUCAUGAAUGCUUGGGAAAUUUACGUGGAGAAAGAGCUCUUACAAUCACAGACAGACAAAAAUGAUGUUGACGCCAUCACGAAGAUUAAGUCAAUAUAUGGGAUAAAGGAAAAUUGGCAAGGAGAUCCAUGUGCCCCAAAAGCUUAUUCUUGGAAUGGUCUAAACUGCAGCUACCAUAGUUUUGGUCCCCCCAGUAUUAUAUCGUUGAACUUAUCCUCCAGUGGAUUGACUGGGAAUAUAACUUCAUACAUAUUAAAUCUCACGAGGAUACAGUCCUUGGAUCUAUCAAACAACAAUUUAACAGGGCCGGUGCCUGAUUUUCUGUCUCUACUGCCACUCUCAGUCAUAAAUUUAGCAGGAAACAAGCUCACGGGUUCAGUUCCAGUGGAACUCAUCCAACGAUCAAAGAGGGGAUCACUAUCAUUGAGUGUGGAUGAGAACUUCAAUCCUGUUUCACAAGUUCCCUUCAAAAAGAUGAAGAAGAAGAAGAAUGUGGUUGUUCCCAUAGUUGCUUCAGUUGCUGCACUGCUCAUCCUCAUGGCUGCAUUGGUUGCCUUGUGGUGCCUCAGAUGGAGAAGACAAGACAAGAAGAAGGUAAAUUUAACGUUGGAAUCAAAGAAACAACAGUUUAGAUACUCUGAGGUUCUGAGUAUUACCAACAACCUCACAAUGAUUCUUGGAAAAGGAGGUUUUGGGACAGUUUACCUUGGCUACAUAAAUAACACUGAGGUUGCUGUGAAGAUUCUCUCUCCGUCAUCUGUUCAAGGGUGUAAGCAGUUUCAAUCAGAGGUCAAACUUUUAAUGAGAGUUCAUCACAGAAACUUGACAUCUCUUGUUGGGUAUUGUGACGAAGGCACCAAUAUGGCACUCAUCUACGAAUACAUGGCUAAUAAAGACUUAAGGGGACUUUUGUCAGGAAAAAGAAAUUAUGUCCUUGGUUGGGAAGAGAGAUUACGAAUAGCAAUUGAUGCAGCACAAGGAUUGGAGUAUUUGCACAAUGGCUGUAAACCACCAAUGAUCCACAGAGAUGUUAAGUCUACAAACAUCUUACUGAAUGGAAAUUUUCAGGCUAAACUAGCAGAUUUUGGGCUUUCAAGAGAUUUUCCAGUUGAAGGUGGCUAUCUUGUGCCCUCAGAAAUUUUUGGAACCUUAGGAUACAUCGACCCUGAGUACUUCUCCUCCAAGAGGUUGACCAUGAAAAGUGAUGUAUACAGUUUUGGAAUUGUUCUUCUAGAGCUAAUUACAGGCCAUCCUGCACUGAUAAAAGGGCAUAGGAACACUGACAUUGUUCAAUGGGCUAAUUCUGUUAUUGGAGAAGGGGAUAUAGGCAUCAUUGUGGAUCCAAGUGUGCAAGGGAAGUUCAAUGCGAAUUCAGCCUGGAAAGCUGUGGAGAUUGCCAUGUCAUGCGUGUCACCUCUAUCCAUCCACCGACCAAACAUAAGUCAUGUGGUAACCGAGUUAAAGGAGAGUCUGGAAGUAGAGAUGGCUCCAGUUCAAAAUCUGAGGAAUGAGCAAAUGAUAAGAUCAACAAACUCACUUAGAAUGAACGUUGUAGAACUUGAAAAUGAAAGCAGUCCUCAAGCAAGUUUUAUAUGGAAAUCUAAUUCGAACAAAGUUCCACAAUUCCUCUUUGGGCUUGUACUAGCUUCCUCAGAGGCUAUAUCAGGAUAUAUGUUUAAAUUGGCUUGAAUUUGUAAGGCAUUCGUCAUUGCUCUUUGAGGCCUUAUCCAUUCAUUUCCAUUCAACAUUGCUGCAGCCUUCACAUUUUAAGGGCGACCAUUGAUCAAGCUCUAUAAGUAAAUAAUAUCCGAAAGAUUUGAUCAGUGGACUAUGAGGAUGCCAAUUAUCGAAGAACAAAAGAUGGUCUUCCAUUUCUUAUUUUGGUUCUAAGAAGAGCAUAAGCUACAUGCCUAGCCAAAAGAUUGUUCUCCUUGCCCAUAUUCUCUCUAGAGAAAGCUCAACAAUGCACAUGUACUCUUCCCUUAAAGUCUAUAUGGCGAAUUAGAAAAUUUGUUUUUAGGAACAGAUCUUAUGCCCCUGCUACACAGAGAGAUGGCAUCUAUCUCACGCAUGUAUUGAUAUUUUGUGUUUCAAAGUAUUUUUGACACUAAUGUUAUUUCUUCUUAUCAAUUUAUUCUUUCUUCUUAUCAA